CCCAUCCUGUAGAAAACUAACUCGCUAAAAAACGCUAACCAGAAAAAAAUUAUUCAAACCAUUUAAACUCUGCCCUGGGAGUCAGGUCUUUAUUUAGGAGAGUUACGACGCCUCAUGAUGAAAGCCGAGUUCCUUCGGAAGUUAUGAGGCCGAUGCCCCUUCUGACAACCAGAGCAAUCAUUUAUUUAGGUACACGGAGUGUUCGUACAAUGUGGGACACCGGGAGAGCCUUCCAAAUUGCUGCAGAAAUGAGAAGAUACAACCUAGAGGUACUUGGGAUCAGUGAAACACAUUGGACACAAGUUGGACAACAACGACUAACUACAGGAGAGCUCCUGUUAUACUCCGGCCAUGAAGAAGAAAAUGCACCACAUACACAAGGAGUUGCAUUGAUGCUGUCCAAACAAGCACAAAAUGUACUUAUAGGAUGGGAAUCUCAUGGACCAAGGAUCAUCAAAGCCUCCUUCAAAACAAAGAAAGAGGGUAUUUCAAUGAGCAUCAUCCAAUGCUAUGCGCCUACCAACGACUACAAUGAAGACACUAAAGAUCAAUUCUACAAUAGGCUGCAGUCAAUCGUCGAGAAGUGUCCAACAAAGGACCUGUCAAUUCUGAUGGGAGAUUUCAACGCCAAGGUUGGAACGGAUCAAAGAGGCAAUCACUUCAACAUGUCAUGAGGUUCUGGGCCACAAGAAACACCAUCACAAGGAAUGGAUCACUGUUGAUACACUGGACAAGAUUCAAGAAAGGAGAAAAAAGAAGGCAGCAA